AUGGCAUCCAAACUGUCCACCCACGGCUACAUCUCCUCGAACGACAGCAAGUUGUUCUAUGAGACCGAGGGAAACUCCAGUGGGCCUGCGAUCUUAUUCAUUCAUGGGCUAGGUGGGACGACGAACGCCUUCCAGCCUCUUAUCCCCGAUCUCCAAGACUAUAAUAUUGUCCGCUUUGAUUGGUCUGGUCACGGCCGAAGUUCUACGCCAGCGACUACUAGCAUCGACUCCUAUGUAGGAGAUUGUCUGGCUGUGAUGGAUGAAUUGAAGUUGAAGGAUGUCAACGUCGUCGGACAUUCAUUAGGUGGCUUGAUUGCUUUACAUCUCGCAGCCAAAGUCCCUGAUCAGGUCAAGAGCCUGGUCUUGUUCGGCCCAGUCAGCCCACCUCCUGAAGCCGGCCAGCAAGCAUUGGGAGGCCGUGCCAAAGCCGUGCGGGAGAAUGGAAUGGUGGGAAUCGCCGACACCGUGGUCGGGAAUGCCUUUGCAGCCGAGUCGUACAAGUCAAAGAGAGGCGAGGUUGCACUAGCCCGUGAAAUGCUGACCAGGCAAGAUCCAGCAGGGUACGCUCUGGCCUGUGAGGCAUUGGCCAAGAGUCAGGCUGCUGCUUGGGACCGCAUCAAGGCGUCAGUGGCGGUUGUGUCAGGCAACGAAGACAAAGUGUCCACAGUUGCAGCUGGUGAGGCAACCACCAAGAAUCUCGGUUCGAAUGCGAAGCAGACCGUCCUCGAAAGUGUAGGACACUGGCAUAUGCUCGAAGCCACGCAAAAGUCGGUCGAGAUCAUCAAGAGCACCUUCUCAUAG